UGGAAAAGGCAAAACGAGACUCGGCCUUUCUUUCGGAGAAUGCUUUGUAAAAUUUUUCCUUCAGCCACAGACCACAGCAAACGCUUUUACAGAAUCGCCUCCAUAGAUAUUUAAUUCCAUAAUCCUUGGUGAGUCAACCUCUCUCUUUCUAUCUCCAUCUCAGGGUUUCUUUUUUCAGAUUUCUUCAGGUUCCAUUUGGUCACUGACACACACUAGCAGGAGAGUCGAAGGAAUGACAGUUUUGAAAAGGUACGUGUUGAGGUUGUUUAUAUCAUUGAAGUACAUUACAGCGAAUGUUGUGGACAGAAACAAUGGGAGGAUUGUUGUAACAGCAUCGACAGUUGAACAUUCCAUCAAGAACACACUGGAGUGUGGUCGGUCCUGCAAUGCAAAAGCAGCAGCAGUUGUUGGAGAGGUUUUGGCUAUGCGUCUCAAGGUGGAGGGUCUUGAUCAAGGACACGGAAGAGGAAUUCAUGUCAAUGUAAACAAAGAGGUUGAGAAAAAAGGUUUUAAAAACCGAACCAAGAUAUGGGCUAUUGUUAAUGUCCUUAAAAAUAGUGGAGUUAAAGUUAUUUUGGACGAUGAUGAUGACAACACAUCUAGAACAAAAUUUCCAUAAACCUUUUCCCCAGUUUUUCAAUUUGUUUUUUGUAGUGGAAGAUGGCAUUAUAAUGUGUUAUGCAGGAAAGAAUGUGAGAUAGCCUGAAACACAUUUGAUUGUUAAUGUGAAUGUAUGAGAAUGGAUGCCUUUACAUGUGCAAGAA